AUGGCCUCUGAUCUGGCUACGGCUAUUCACGGGCUACAUCUUACGGACCGCCCCGAUAUGAACAUUGAUGACCUUUUGUUCCAGCAGCGUCCUCGCAAACGCGUCAAGCAAGAUACAGCUCAUCUUAAGGCUCACCUAGAAGAUGACUUUCUCACGCCGUCCACGAGAUUCUCGCCCGCCUGGCUCAACCGACUGCAGCAUGCCACCGCCAAGAAUUCCACCUCCUUCCUGCGCAAGCCUGCCAGUAGGGCCGACUUUGUUCGUGGAGCUGCCGGCUUCUUCCCUUUUGCGCCUGGCGGCCUGGAUGGCAUCGAGGCAACUGCUGCCCUCGAGGACCAGGUUCACCGAGCUGGCGGCGGAGACUCCCCCGCUGUUUCAUCCAACAAGUUGGAGAGAAUUAUCAAGCUCGGCGCUGAGAGCAGCCUUCUCCAAGUCGCACCUGGGCUGAGCCGCGGCAUCAACAUCAACAGGAAGACUAACGAAGAUGAGGCUAGAGCUGUUGAACAAGAGCUAAACCAGGAACCAGAACAGUCACCUAGUACUGACGAAGCAGAUGGUGAUGCUCAGGCCAGUGGAGAACGGGAGGCUGGAGUCGACGCCAGAGCCGAGGCCGAGGCCGAGUUCGAAGCAGAAGAAGAUGACGGCGAGGACAUUGAUGCUAUUUUGCCGGUCGAGUUUCCGGCUCUGGAGCCACAUGGAGCUUUAGCGACAUCCAGUGCCAGGAAGGCUGGCCGGGAGUGGGCUCACAUGGUGGACAUCGACAGAGAUAUCACGAACUUCAGAGAACUCGUACCCGAUAUGGCAAGAGACUGGCCGUUUGAGCUGGAUACAUUCCAGAAGGAGGCGAUCUACCACCUUGAAAGCGGCGAUUCCGUCUUCGUUGCUGCGCAUACUUCGGCCGGGAAAACUGUCGUCGCCGAGUAUGCCAUUGCUCUUGCCUCGAAGCAUAUGACCAAGGCCAUCUACACAUCGCCUAUCAAGGCCCUGAGCAACCAGAAGUUCCGAGACUUCCGCCAGACAUUCGAGGAGGUUGGUAUCUUGACGGGUGAUGUGCAAAUCAACCCCGAGGCUAGUUGCCUGAUUAUGACAACGGAGAUUCUGCGAAGCAUGCUCUACAGAGGAGCCGAUCUGAUCCGAGACGUCGAAUUUGUUAUCUUUGACGAGGUACAUUACGUCAAUGAUUUUGAGCGUGGUGUUGUCUGGGAAGAGGUCAUCAUCAUGCUUCCUGAACAUGUCACACUCAUUCUGUUGUCUGCAACUGUCCCCAACACUCAUGAAUUCGCAUCAUGGGUUGGGAGGACCAAGCAGAAAGACAUAUAUGUCAUUUCUACACCGAAGCGGCCUAUUCCACUAGAACAUUACCUUUGGGCUGGCAAGAAUAUCCACAAGAUUGUGGACUCAGAGAAGAAGUUCAUUGAGAAAGGAUGGAAAGACGCCAAUCAAGCCAUUCAGGGCAGAGACAAGACUAAAGCUCUAGAGCCGAGCAAUACGCCUCGCGGCGGAGGCGGCCAGAGAGGGGUCCAAAGGGGAGGACCACAGCGUGGUGGACAGCGUGGAGGCCCGCGCGGCGGCAGUCUUCAACAGAGAGGCCGCGGUGGAGCGCCACGUGCCAGUCACAACCCAGGACACAUGGGUAGGACUGGUCGGCAGGGCGGCUUCACCUCGGCGGCUCAAGACAAAAACCUCUGGGUUCAUCUUGUCCAGUUCCUCAAGAAGUCGAACCUUCUUCCCUCCUGCAUCUUUGUCUUCUCUAAGAAAAGGUGCGAGGAGAAUGCUGACGCGCUCAGUAACCAGGACUUCUGCACCGCUAACGAGAAGAGCGCUAUUCACAUGACGAUCGAAAAGUCGAUCGCCAGACUCAAACCUGAAGACCGAUGUCUACCCCAGAUUAUCAGACUAAGAGAGCUCCUGUCGAGAGGUAUCGCGGUCCAUCACGGGGGUCUACUGCCUAUCGUCAAGGAAAUUGUUGAGAUGUUGUUCGCCCAAACGCUUGUGAAGGUUCUGUUCGCUACAGAAACCUUUGCCAUGGGUCUCAACCUGCCGACCCGGACAGUCGUGUUCUCUGGAUACCGCAAGCACGAUGGCCACUCGUUCAGGAACCUGCUCCCAGGCGAAUAUACGCAGAUGGCGGGCCGAGCCGGUCGUCGUGGCUUGGAUACUGUAGGCUCGGUUAUCAUUGUUCCUCCAGGAGGAGACGAGGCCCCGCCUGUUGCCGACCUUCAGAAGAUGAUACUAGGAGAACCAUCAAAGCUGAGGUCUCAGUUCCGGCUCACAUAUAACAUGAUUCUUAACCUGCUUCGGGUCGAGGCUCUCAAGAUCGAAGAGAUGAUUAAGCGAAGCUUUUCGGAACACGCCACCCAGCAGCUUCUUCCUGAGCACGAAAAAGCCGUCAAGCUUUCAGAGGCCGAUUUGGCCAAGAUCAAACGCGAUUCUUGUGGUAUCUGUGAUGUCUCCAUGGACGAAUGCCACCAAGCGUCCGAAGACUACAAGCAGCUUACCGGGGAAGUCUACAAGUCUCUUAUUGGAAUUCCGAUUGGUCGCAAAAUGUUCAGCCAGGCGCGCUUGAUUGUGUACAACAGAGACGGCAUCCGCACGCCCGGUAUAUUGCUAUCUGAUGGCGCGAGCAAUAAGGGCCCCCAGGGCAGUCCAACUUUGCACGUAUGCGAGAUCAGACUUAUGAGAGAGACCCGUGACUCGACGGACCUGCUUCCGUUCAUUCCGGCCUUCCGCAAGCAUUUCACGCCACUGCCACAGGCAAAGAAGCAUAUACGCAUCAAGACUCUGCAUGUGCCCCUAAGCGAUGUCGAAUGUCUGACAAGAUAUGCCACCAAGGGCAUCGUACCGGAAAUUUUUCAAAGCGGCGAAAAAUAUCUAAAAGCCAAGGACAGGCUUCACUCCAUCUGCCGGUCAUGGGAUGACCUUUGGGACGAAAUGGAUCUGUCAAAGAUCAAGAACCUUCAGUUUCAGGAGAUGAUGAAGAAGCGGAAGGAAGCAGAGAUCACCGCGUCAUCAUCACCGGCGCUCUCCUGCCCCCAAUUUGUGAAGCACUUUGCCAUGUGUCACGAUCAGUGGCUUAUCAAGGAACACAUCUCGCAAUUGCGACAUUCCCUGUCGGACCAGAACCUCCAACUCUUACCUGACUAUGAACAACGAAUUCAGGUGCUGAAGCAGCUUCAGUUUAUCGACGAGAGUGCCAGGAUUCAGCUCAAGGGCAAAGUGGCCUGUGAAAUCCACUCAGGCGAUGAACUUGUCUUGACAGAGCUCAUCUUGGAUAAUGUGCUUGCAGACUACGAGCCGGCCGAAAUCGCGGCCUUGCUGUCGGCCUUUGUGUUCCAAGAAAAGACAGAAACUCAACCGAACUUGACGGGCAAUCUUGAGCGAGGCAAGGACACCAUUAUCGCCAUCAGCGAGAAGGUCAACGAGGUCCAGACACUCCACCAAGUCAUCCAGUCUUCAGAUGACUCCAAUGAUUUUAUCUCCCGGCCCCGAUUCGGCCUAAUGGAAGUUGUUUACGAGUGGGCGCGAGGCAUGAGCUUCAAAAACAUCACUGAUUUGACUGAUGUUCUGGAGGGCACCAUUGUGCGAACAAUUACGCGUCUUGACGAGACAUGCCGCGAGGUGAAAAAUGCUGCUCGAAUCAUUGGAGAUCCGGAGCUAUAUCAGAAGAUGCAAACGGCGCAGGAGAUGAUCAAGCGGGACAUCACAGCAGUUGCCAGCUUGUAUAUGUAA